AUGCAUCGAUACCAUCGUACCGGACAUAUCAAUAAAUUGGAGAAAGGUUGGACAGCUGGUCCGACUUACAAAGUAAAUGGAGAGAUACCACUUGUAAUUUAUACGUCAAAUUGUUCCAAACUUCGUGUCGCCGUUGCUGAAACACCGGGACCUCUGGUUAAAGGUCUUAUCUCCUUCGUGACAGAAACACUCGAUAACGAUGGUUUGCCUCAUACCUUGGAACAUCUUACUUUUAUGGGCAGUAAAAAAUAUCCGUACAAAGGUAUUCUGGAUUUGAUUGCCAAUCGAUGUAUGGCAUCUGGAACCAAUGCAUUUACUGCUCAAGAUCAUACUGCCUAUGAAUUGAUUACUGUUGGCAGUCAUGGAUUCCUAAAGAUUUUACCAGUUUACUUGGAUCAUCUGUUAUCGCCAACAUUAACGGAUGCUCAGUUUAUGACUGAAGUCCAUCACAUCAAUGGUAAAGGCGAAGAUGCAGGAGUUGUUUACAGUGAAAUGCAAGAGUACGAAUCAGAAAUGAAUAACAUUGUGAGUUGGAAACGAAAAGAGCUAUUUUAUCCUGAGUACAAUCCAUAUCGUGUGGAAACAGGUGGACGUUUGGCUGCUUUACGUACAACGUGUAAUAUGGAAAAGAUAAGGCGAUAUCACCAUGAUUUUUAUCAUAUUAGCAAUAUGCUCGUGACUGUUUGUGGAUCUAUUGACCAUUCGAAAUUGCUGCAUAUUUUAUCAUCAGUCGAGGAAACAUCACAACAGCAAGUACCACAUCUAUUCAACAAGCCAUUCAAGAAUCCCAUGCUGAUGCCCGCUGAACCUCAAGAAAAACAAAUUGUUUGUCCAAGUGAAGACGAAAAACUGGGUACAGUGGAGAUUGCUUGGAUAGGUCCCUCUAAUAAUUUUCAAGAUUUACAACAACUCAGAGUACUUGCACAUUAUUUGGCUGACACUGCUGCUUCUCCAUUGGAACAGGAUUUUGUGCAACUGGAUGAACAGCUGGCAAGUUUCGUACGCUUGUACAUACGUGAACAGUGCAUUAGUGAAAUAGUACUGUUCAACAAAACUUUACCACAAACGUUUGAAAACAGUUUUGACGCAGUACGAAUGACGAAUAUGAUUACACACUUAAUUGACAAAAGUGUUUCAAGGAUGGAAACAGAUUGCCAUAAUUUUGUUUUCGAAGUAAUAUGCAUGCAUCAAAUUUACGGAAAAUAUGAAGAACUUCCAAUGCGAUUAGAUCAUGUUACAGAGUUGCGAAAGAUGUUGUCGCUGCAACCUGAGGAUUGGAUUAGACUAGCGCGUAAGUAUCUGACCAACAAAUGUGUCUGUGUAAUGGGUUUUCCUUCUCGAGAUGAAGUCACCAGAAUCGCUACAACGGAAAAAAAACGAAUUGAGAAACAAUGUAAAAAAUUAGGGAAAGACGGACUUCGGCGAUGUGCCGAAAAAUUAGAAAAAGCGAUACGUGAAACAACGGUCCAAAAACCAUCAUAUGAACUACUUUCCGAAAUGAUGAUACAUGAGCUAGAGAAUUUCACAAUGUUUAAUGUGCAAACAUUACAUGCGCGGACAGGUCAGAAUAAUGAUGAAAUAUUUAAGUUACCAUUGCCAGUCUGUAUACAUAAUGUCGAAACACAUUUUGUUGAGUUUAUGUUGGUUUGGGAUACGAAGCUUAUACCGUUAGAAUUGCGAUUAUGGAUGAUGCUUUACUUUGAAUUGAUGUUUCAGAGUUCGGCUGUUGUGGAUGGUAGAAAAUUAUCGUAUGGUGAAAUAGCAAAGUUGUACACUCGGGAUUUGAUAUCAUAUUGCGGAACUAUUGGUAUUUUAAAUCAUUUUGAGCGGUUUUGCUCACUUACCUUAAAAACUGUUCCCGAACGAUAUGUCACUAUGUUGUCAUGGCUUACGACUUUUGUUAAAGGAAUCACUUUUGAAGCAGAACGUGCGAAAGUAGCUGCUCAAAGCUUGAUAGGUCAAGCUGAUGAAGAAAAGCGAGAUGGGUGUGAAAUGCGAAAUGCUAUUCUUCAUAAUGCCAUAUUCCAUAAAGAUAGCAACGAUUAUAUGUAUGGUUUAGUCCAGUUAGAGGAAUUCCAUAAAAAUGUGCUCAUGUUAACUAAAGAAAAUCCCACCUACGUUGUCGGUAAACUGGAGAAACUACGUGAAGCAUUAAUAAAUGCUCCGAUAAAUGUGCACAUUAUUUGCAACACGGAGAAAAUUAUGCCCUUUUUACCGACUAGUCUUGCAUGGCUUUAUCGUGACCGUAAAUCUAUAUGUGAGCUUUCUACAAGUUUCCGAAAUUUUCCUGGAGAAGCAGUAAUAUAUGAUAAUUUUGGAAAGCAGCGUGUCAUUGCUGUUGCUGCCACUGAAUCAUCUUUUCUUAAACAAUCUAUACCAUUCAAAUAUCAACUGGGUAGCAAAGAAGGAUUAGCUGUGCAACUCAUUGCUCAAUAUUUAUCACAAAUGGAGGGUAUCUUAUUUAAAGCGAUACGUGGAAAUGGCUUAGCAUAUAGCGUAGGCAUUGAUGUAGAUCUGGAUAACCAGCUGCUCAGUUUUGGUAUUUAUCGAAGUGCUCAGCUCGAGCAAGCUUAUGAAAAGGCCAAGGAAGUUGUGUUCAAUGAAUUGGAGCGCGUAGAUGAGAAUGAGUUUGAAGCAGCGAAGCGAAGCUUCAUAUCAGAGAUAAUACAGGCCGAAGAUACGGUAAUUAAUGCUGCACAUCGAGCUGUUUUCAACGAAUUCCGACAAUUGUCACAUCAAUUUUGGCUGGAGUACAUUGAUCGAAUCUGGCAUGCAAAAAUGAGAGAAGUGGUGGAAUGCAGUAGAAAUUUUAUUCUUGAUUUGUUCGACGACAAGAAAUGCUGCCGCGCGAUAGCUGUGCCACACGGAAAAUUGAAAGAUAUUGAGGAACAUUUUAAAGGGAUUGAAGUGAUUCGUAUUUGUUGCGCAGUCUCAUCAUUUUUGGAUUCAGGAUGUAAUGGUUCAGCAGGAGAUUAA